AUGUUGGUAGAUUUUAUGGAUGAUGUUUGGUUUGCGAAUCCUUCCCGCCCUAACCAUAUGGUACUCAAGGGAGUAACAUUGAAAUUGCAACCCGGUUCGAAAGUCACUUUGGUCGGUCCAAGUGGAGGUGAUAAGACUACAGUAGCAAACUUGAUUGAAAGAUUUUAUUAUUCAAUAAGGGGAAACAUUUUGAUUAAUGGUGUACCCUUAGUGGAAAUAUCUCAUGAACACCUUCACAAAAAGAAAAUGGCUAACUCCCACGAGUUCAUCUCAAAAUUCCCAGACAAGUACCUAACCCACGUAGGAGAACGUGGGGCAAGGCUUUCGGGAGGACAGAAACAGAGAGUGGCAAUUGCAAGAGCUCUUCUAAUGAACCCUAAGAUUCUCCUCUUGGAUGAAGCUACAAGUGCUUUGGAUGCAGAAAGUGAAUAUCUAGUUCAG